AUGACAUUUUCCCAGGAUCCCUCAAUCUUGCAAUACGCCGAAUUCCACAACAUCGCGGAAGACACAACCCUCCUCAACCCCCUCUCAUUCAUCGACGACGCCUACGCCGACGUCGCAGCCCAGCAUGAACCAGACCCCGUGCGAGCAAAAUUCGAGAAACGGCACGACCAGUUCGAGCGAGACAUCGAAACAGCCAAGCUUGACAUCAAUUACACCGAAGCUCGCUUGCUGUCUGAUGCCUUGCACUUGGAUGAAACGUCGGACUGGUCCAUCAAUUGGGAUCGACUUCUCCUGCCUUCUGGGCGCGCUGAUCCCUUAAAAGAUACUUCCUUUCUUCUGACUGCUGAGGAGGACCCGUUGGCUUUUUCAUCGGUUCGGGGGGAUGUCGAUGGGGAUGUUGCCAUGUCGGGGACAGUUCAGGCAGAUGAUACUGCUGGUCUGGAGCGUACUUCGCAGACUCUGCUUGAUGGCGGUGGAGGUGCACUUGAAUCUGAUCGACAGGUUCCGUGUCCAUCGUUGAAUGCAGGCGAUCAACACUUAAAGCAAAGCCACAGUGAGCACCACUCAUAUGCGAGAUUCACACCAAGAGGACUAGGCUCGUUGUCGGCAUUUAUGGAAACCAGAGGCCUGAGUACAACCGACGAUUCUCUGAAAAGCCCACAGUUUCCAAGUUCCGAGUCGAAAGACACUCCCCAACAAGAGCAGUCUGAACCAAACCCAGCCAUGUCAACAAUCAGCUCCUCUGAGCUCCCAUCUCCUUCACAUGUCCUCCAUCCACCACCACCACCACCACAGACUCCAGAUUCUCCCAAGAAGGACACAGAGCCAUCGCUCCUCUUCCUCUCAACAACUCUUCUCAAGACUCACGUACGAGUCAUCCAAUGCCUCGAGAACAAAACCAUCACCCCGAGACUCAUCUACCGGGACUACGACCAGCCUCUCACCCGUCUCUUGCCAGAGUCAGAAAGAGAAAAAGCCGGAGUACACCCCCAACAAGACGAGGAACUCACCAACGAAGCGGACGUGAUCAUCUCCCCCUCAACCGGGAUCAUCCUAACAACAUCGCAAGCAGCGACACAGAAGUACCUCCCAGGACACAAACCCAGCGAUGACGACCUGUACAUCCAGUCGCAGCCCGAGAUAGACUCGCCGCUACGAGAACGCAUCUACCGCCUUGCACUCCGCUACGAGUAUCUAUAUGUCUUGCUCUGCCAUCCAAGCUUUCCAGUCAAGGAGUCCGGCCCGUCGAACAUGGACGCACGCACCCGCAAUUCCAUUGGCAACCUGAGAGCCUUCUGUAUCUCGCUCGGGCGCAAAGCCACGGUGAGGCUGCUCGUUACCGCCGCGGAUCCCGUAAGCGUGAGCCGGUGGAUUAGGACAGUUGCAUACAAGCAUGAGGGUCUGUUGCGGCGCAUCAACACUCGUCUACGGUCGAGAUCAGAGUCCGCUGAAGGCACUGCCAGAUUGAGUGUGCAGCAGAUGAUCAAGGAGGAGGAAACCAUUGGCGAGGUCCAUUAUCGUCUGAUGGGAUUGAAUCCCUUCGCGGCGCGCGUUUUCCUGGACGUGCCCGGAAUCCUUGGGCCUUCUGCGCCAAAUAGAGACGGCGAAGACACCAGUAUUGGUGAACAUAACGAACCUGGGCAGCCGUGUCGGUUUUCUGUUUUUGCUGGAUUGUCUCCUGAGGAACAAUGCGACGAAUUUGAAGAGUUGUUUGGCGAGCGGGUGUUGAAACGGUUUGCUUCAUGA